UGUCUUAUGACUUGUUAUGUUGUUUCUCCUUCCAAAACAGUAGUGCCUUAGUUUGUUAUUAAAAGUGAAUAGUGCUUCCUAAAUCCCCAAAAAAUGUCCAAAAAAUCAUUGAAGAGAAAAGACCCUUCGAAAAAUCCCUUCUCCCAGCACCUGCGACCCGACGACGAAGAUAUUCGCACAGAACUCGAAGCAAUGAUCGGUGUAGAAUAUAACCUCCCCGGCGAUAUCCCCGUGAAGAGCAGUGACAUACCCCAAUCGACCUCGAGAAGAUCCAGGCCCUCCACGAAGUCGUCCAAAUCCGAAAAAACAAUGGCACUCGAACGAGGACCUCCCCGAGGAGAGGUCGAGAGUCAAAUUCCAUUCUACUCAUCCACAGCCUCAGCCAGAGAUCUCCAGGGAAUAAUUCGGAGGGCAGGAAGUACCAGUGAGGACAAAUAUAAAAUUCUAGAGGCCCGGGACAGACUGAUGAGGUUGAAACAAGUCAAGAGACACACCCUGGAGACAGCCAAGAAGACUCGUGGCACAUGUCCAGACAUGUGCCCUGAGAAGGAGCGAUUGAUGCGAGAAUUCCAAAGACAAGUAGCUUCCUACGAGCAGGUGAACUGCGCGGAAUAUAAAAUAUCUCACGAGACAGCAAUCAAACAGUACUCAAGAUCCUCAGCAGACCAGGCUGAGCCAAUGCCCCAGGAUCUCCGUCCAGUUGAGUCCCUGAAAAUGACGAUGAGCUACCUCCUCCACGAAAUAGUCAAUCUCUGCGACGAGGAGGGAACCAACCUGGCUGAGUGGUACCAUUUCGUCUGGGACAGGACCAGGGGAAUUCGAAAGGACAUAACACUCCAGGACUUGUGUUGCUUGGACACCGUUGAACUGGUGGAACAGUGCGCGAGAUUUCACAUUGUCUGCUCGGAGCGCCUCUGCGCCGAGGAGACAGCUGUCUUCGACAAAAAAAUCAACACCGAAAACCUCACCAAGUGCCUCCAGACCCUCAAGUACAUGUACCACGAUCUGAGGGUGCAGGGGAUCACCUGCAGAAACGAAGCUGAAUUUCGGGGUUACAUAAUUCUGCUGAAUCUUGAUAACACCAGCUUUAUGUGGGAUCUCAAGGAGCUUCCCAAGGUCAUUCAAAGUUCUCCAGAAGUGAAAUUUGCCAUUCAGGUGUUCUCGUCGAUUCAGUCCAACAAUUUCUCGAGAUUUUUCAAACUUGUGAGAAGGACAACGUACCUGAACGCUUGCCUGAUGCUGAGGUACUUCUUCCAGAUGAGGGUCAAGGGUCUCACUGUCAUGGUGAAGGCUUACUGCAGGACUGCCUCUACAGCGUAUCCCCUGUACGAGUUCAUGGACAUCCUGGGUUUUGACGAUGAGAGCGAGGCGAUCGCCUUCUGCGAGAAUGCUGACCUGAGUGUAUCCAGCGACGAGAUGAAUAUCGUCCUGAACAGACAGAAUGUCAAUCUCCCACCCCCUGUGAUGGACGAGGGGAGGGCAAUCAGUCUCGUGGAGGCGAAAAGAAUGAAGAUGGGGUAUUCGUAUGGGCAGGCCAUGGCUGGUGGGGUAAUGCCAGAGCAGGUGUACCUGGGCCACAAGUCCCACAAUAGCUUCGACGAUCAGGGGUACCUGAAGCCAGAGGCGAUCAAUGCUAGUGAUCAAAAUCGGGGGAUCAUUGAGGAGGAGGAGGAGGAGGAGGAGGAGGAGAGGGAUCCUUAUGAGUACUUGGAGGAGGAUGUCGAGGAGAUACCUUCCAUGAGACGCAAAACCUUUGGGAUGGAGUUUGAAGAGGAUAAUGGAGAUGAGAUGCAGGAUGAAGAGAUCGAGGAGGAAGAGGAGGCAGAGGAGGAGGUGGAAGACUAUGAAGCUGCUGAUGAUGGGCAGAACGGGGAUGUUCCAGCGACGAAGGGAACGUUCUCGUCGACGUUCUGGAACAACGCCUCCGAAGGGAAAUUCAGUUUUUCAACAGAAGAGGGCUUGAAGGUGUCCUCUGACUCAAUAUUUUCCUCUAAACCAAGAGGGAGCAAUCCGUUCGAUGGUCAGACUGGGUUCUCGUUUUCAAGUGCUAAUGCCAGUGUUUUUGCGAAGCCAGACGUUUCUGAAUCCUCCGGACAAGGUAGGGAGGGGAUGAAUCGAAGGAGUGAAUCGAUUUUCUCUGGGGCAAUUCAGGGGAGUGCCUUUGCUCUGCCUGAGUCAGGGCCCAGUUGUCUAGUGUUCACUGCCUCCGAAGUUCAGAAACCAGAGAUCUUAUUCAAACCCUCUCAGCCAAUAAAACCGAAGGAGUCCCCAACGAAGAGAAGGUCACACUCGGAAAUUGCUGAGGAGAAGAGAAGACAGGAAGAUAACGAACUGAGACAAGGAUCCCUCGCCUGUGAGCAACGUCUUCAGGAGGUGGAGGAAGACACCAAGAGAUAUGCGAGUGAAAUAGAACAGGAAGUGGUCCACGACAUUUGCUCUUCAGUGUUGAAACAGCUCAUCGACAAGGUGAAGAUCUUGGAAAGACUGAGUCUGAAGAUGUCAGAGGAUUUACUGAAGGAAGUCAUCCAGGAAGACUGCAAAAAGGUCCUAGAUGAGGAGUUGUACAUCGAGAGGGGGCUUGAGGAGGUCUCCAAGAGAAUCAGGACCAGAACAGUUAUGAAGUGUUACAGAAUUUGGCAGCGAAAUGCCAAGAAGAAACGAGAGCAGAGGAAAGCUCUGGACAACACUCCAGUGUGGCUGCCAAAAUAUUCCCUCGAAGCCUGCGCCAAGUCUCUCUACCGCAAAGACCAGGACUUGGUGAUUCAGAACAUGAGGAGGAGGUCCAACAAAUCGAUCGACCAAGACACGUUGAAGUAUAUCAGUCCAGUUGAGUUGAAAAUCUACUCUGGAUUGAAGGAGAACGCGAGAACUCUUGACACAGAUCCAACGUCAAUUAUGUUCUGGAAGAUGGUGGUGUCUUGGCCCUUGUUGGAGAACAGGGUGCUUCUGUGGAGGUACAAGAACAUCAUGAACCAGUACCUGAGUCCGGAAAACAGCAGGGUAGACCCCAUCAUCAAGACAUACAAGCCAAAUCCCUACGAAUCCCUGAACAUUUGUAUUAAACACUGUGAGGGGACCGCUGGGGAGGAUGAUGUCGUGGGAAUGGAUGGACUCUUCUUCAUAGCGAUGGCCGAUGAGGACCCUAAAGGGGUUGCCAGGAGACUCACGAAGACUGUUCUAUCAAGGCAGAAGCUCAUGCCCAUUCCUCUGGUCUUCAUCAUCUUGGGGGACGACCAGGGCUCCGAGCGGUUGGAACUCAAGGCUGAACUGGAGAACCUGCUCAAGGCUGAGUACAUCUCGGAGUACACUGUCCACCGGGAGAAGGUGAUUGACGAGGACAACAUUCUGAAGUUAACUCAAACGGCUGUUCUAUGGCUGAGCUUGAACAGAUCAACGCCCAUUCCACUGGAGAUGGACCAUCUGAGAGAUGUCGUUGAGAAUUGCUUGACUGACGAGCUGUGGCUGAGGAUCGCUGGUCAUGGACCCUUCAAUGCAGCUCUGAAGGCGGCCACCGAUGAUCCCAAGUUCAUCAUUGAUCUGCAUAAUGAGGCUGUAGGGCGACUGAUGGAUGUCAUUCUUGAUCCCGAGAGUUUGAUGUACACUGACUUCCCAACUGAGUUCAGCCCACUUCUGCCCAAGGACUUUGAUGUACCCUGCAGUUAUGAGUACUUCGGGGAGGGCUGGAAGGGGGAGGAGAGCAGGGGGAACAUCGAGGACAUUCUUGAGGGAUUCAUACUGCCGCCAUGGCCAUUCGACUGGCCCAUUGACAACAUCGUCGAGCUCCACAAGUCCGUCAUCCAGUACUGCAAGACAACACUGGGAGGAUCAGCUUACGAAGCAAUAUCCUGCAACAUCCUGAGCAAUAUUUUCUUCAUGUCCAACAGUAGAGAGCAGCCAAAUUUCGUGCACGUUCUCACUGAGAUAAUCAAAGGGAAAAUUCGCCUCGUGGCACCGGAGUUGUCGGUUGUCUACGAUAAAAAUCAUAUAAAAUUGUUCAGAACGUUGCCCUGGUGGUUCAAAUCGAAUGUUUUCUUGAAUUACGAGGCCAAGGUGGGUGCCUCAGAACCUCACGAGACGUCUGUCGUGAAGAGGAGACGACUCGAGGAAGAGGCUGACAAGGAGAAUCUGGAUAUAUCGAUGGUGAUCGAGGAGUUCGACAGCAUCUCUGAUAGGGACAAUUCAGUAGUCGCGAAAUCGUUAUUUGAGGAAAGUAAGAGUCAUCUUUCAGAGGUCCAGAGUAUGACUGAUAAGCUGGAAGGACUUCUGGAGAGGCAACGACUGGCGAGUCAGAAAUUUGAGGAGAAACUACAUGCUGCUCUGCGAAGUGAACAAUUAGACAAUUUUUGAUUAAUUUAUUAGGUAAAAUUGUAGAAUAGAUAUCGGAGAUUAGGAUUAAUCCAACGAGCGAUUCCCUUGUGAACCCUAGGGCAUCAGGACGUCCACUUUUGGAUGCACAUCGGGUAAAAAACUCUUCAUGUAAAUUUUUUAAAUCUUGUUUACAAAAAAAAAAUCCGGUAAAUGUUGUGAUACAUUUCUGACGCGUUAUUUGUACUGAUUAUUUUAUAAUGGCGACACUUUUAUACUACUUUUAUAUCUUAUGAUUAAGAACUUAUGGGAAAUGUAGUUGACAUUGAGGAUUGACUUUCCCGUCGAGUCAUGAAGCUUCUGGUGAUGAUUCCUAUGAGGAUCGCCAACCAGUAAUUGCUUUUUGCAAAGUCAACUAAAACUCUGGUGUAUAUGAGAUUUGUACUGGUUCGCACUGAGCUGAAAAUGUUUUGUUAGUGUCUCAUUAAUUUUUUAAUAAAUAAUUGAAAGCCCAA